AGCGAGAGCCGGUUUCGUUCGCCAGCAGCUGGCCUGGUUCGACCUCUCCAAAAAUAGACAUUUAACUCUCUGAACUCCUGUUUAAGGAAGGAUGUAAUUCGGUUUGCUCUCUCCUCAUUUUCAAGGUUCAAAGGGAAGCUGCGAGGAUUCCAAGGUCCCACCGCCCUCCCAGCCAAUGAGGGGCCUGGGAGGGAGGAGCUUGCUGCAGCUCGAGCUUCUGAGAGAAUCAUCCCCAGUAGAUGCAGUGGAGUCUGAGCCCCGCUGCGUCUGUUCACAGCAGAGCAAAAUUAAAAACAAAACAGUGGAAGAGAAACGCUGCAGACGAUGGGACGCUGUAGGACUUUCUGAAACAUUUGCUGGGAAUUUGGAGCAUGAUCUUUUAAAACGAAUUUUUUUUGAAGCCGGUUUGGGUAACUGGGAAAAUGACACAUAUGCUAAAUGCAGCAGCUGAUCGAGUGAAAUGGACCAGAUCGAGUGCUGCUAAGAGGGCUGCCUGCCUGGUGGCUGCGGCAUAUGCUCUGAAAACCCUCUAUCCCAUCAUUGGCAAGCGUUUAAAGCAAUCUGGCCACGGGAAGAAAAAAGAAGCAGCUUACCCUGCUGCAGAGAAUACAGAAAUACUGCAUUGCACCGAGAGCAUUUGUAAAAAACCUUCUCCUGGAGUGAAUGCAGAUUUCUUCAAACAGCUACUAGAACUUCGGAAAAUUUUGUUUCCAAAACUUGUGACCACUGAAACAGGGUGGCUCUGCCUGCACUCAGUGGCUCUAAUCUCAAGAACCUUUCUGUCUAUUUAUGUGGCUGGUCUGGAUGGAAAAAUCGUGAAAAGCAUUGUGGAAAAGAAGCCUCGGACUUUCAUCAUCAAAUUAAUCAAGUGGCUUAUGAUUGCCAUCCCUGCUACCUUCGUCAACAGUGCAAUAAGGUACCUGGAAUGCAAAUUGGCGUUGGCUUUCAGAACUCGCCUAGUAGACCAUGCCUACGAAACCUAUUUUACAAAUCAGACUUAUUAUAAAGUGAUUAAUAUGGAUGGGAGGCUGGCAAACCCUGACCAAUCUCUUACUGAGGAUAUUAUGAUGUUCUCCCAAUCUGUGGCUCACUUGUAUUCCAAUCUGACCAAACCUAUUUUAGAUGUAAUCCUGACCUCCUAUACACUCAUCCAAACUGCUACAUCCAGAGGAGCAAGCCCAAUUGGGCCCACCCUAUUAGCAGGACUUGUGGUAUAUGCCACUGCUAAAGUGUUGAAAGCCUGUUCUCCCAAAUUUGGCAAACUUGUGGCAGAGGAAGCUCAUAGAAAAGGCUAUUUGCGGUAUGUGCACUCCAGAAUUAUAGCCAAUGUAGAAGAAAUUGCCUUUUACGGAGGACAUAAGGUAGAAAUGAAACAACUUCAGAAAAGUUACAAAGCUUUAGCAGAUCAGAUGAACCUCAUUUUAUCCAAACGUUUGUGGUACAUCAUGAUAGAACAGUUCCUAAUGAAGUAUGUUUGGAGCAGCAGUGGACUAAUUAUGGUGGCUAUACCUAUUAUCACUGCAACUGGCUUUGCAGAUGGUGAGGAUGGUCAAAAGCAAGCUAUGGUUAGUGAACGGACAGAAGCCUUUACCACUGCUCGAAAUUUACUGGCCUCUGGAGCUGAUGCUAUUGAAAGGAUUAUGUCUUCAUACAAAGAGAUCACUGAAUUAGCAGGCUACACUGCUCGAGUGUACAAUAUGUUUUGGGUCUUUGAUGAAGUAAAAAGAGGCAUUUAUAAGAGAACCGCUGUUAUUCAAGAGUCUGAAAGCCAUAGCAAGAAUGGAGCUAAUGUAGAAUUACCUCUCAGUGACACAUUGGCAAUUAAAGGAAAAGUUAUUGAUGUGGAUCACGGAAUUAUUUGUGAAAAUGUUCCCAUAAUUACACCAGCAGGAGAAGUGGUGGCUUCCAGGCUAAACUUCAAAGUAGAAGAAGGAAUGCAUCUUCUGAUAACUGGUCCCAAUGGUUGUGGGAAAAGUUCUCUCUUCAGAAUUCUAAGUGGGCUCUGGCCUGUGUAUGAAGGAGUCCUCUAUAAACCGCCUCCUCAACAUAUGUUUUAUAUUCCACAAAGGCCAUAUAUGUCUCUUGGAAGCCUUCGGGAUCAAGUCAUUUACCCUGAUUCAGUGGAUGAUAUGCAUGAUAAAGGUUAUACAGAUCAAGAUCUAGAACAUAUCCUACACAAUGUCCAUCUCUAUCACAUAGUUCAAAGAGAAGGAGGAUGGGAUGCUGUUAUGGAUUGGAAAGAUGUCCUGUCGGGAGGGGAAAAACAAAGAAUGGGCAUGGCUCGUAUGUUUUAUCAUAAACCAAAAUAUGCCUUGCUGGAUGAAUGUACCAGUGCUGUCAGCAUUGAUGUUGAAGGAAAGAUAUUUCAGGCUGCAAAAGGGGCUGGAAUUUCCUUACUGUCUAUAACACACAGGCCUUCUCUUUGGAAAUACCAUACACAUUUAUUACAGUUUGAUGGUGAAGGAGGUUGGCGCUUUGAACAAUUGGAUACUGCUAUCCGUUUGACAUUGAGUGAAGAAAAGCAAAAGCUAGAAUCUCAGCUAGCUGGAAUUCCCAAAAUGCAGCAGAGACUCAAUGAACUAUGUAAAAUUUUGGGAGAAGACUCUGUGCUGAAAACAAUUAAAAAUGAAGAUGAGACAUCUUAAUUUGUUUUGACACAUUUUAAAAGUUAAUUAUUAGAUAAAGCCUCAAAGACACUGUUAUAUUGCAUGAAGUAUGUUAAGCUAAGCACAGAUUAAAAAAAAAAAGGCAGCAAGACAUUUUAUAAGAUUUUAGCAUUAAGGAAGUAUAUGAUCUGACUUUUCAGAAGAAAAAUAAACAAAUGUAUUAUGUAAGAUCAGUCAUUAUGACUUAUACUAAUUCCUAGUGAAGGCCUAAAACACUUGUAAAGCAGGAUUUUCUAGGUGAAUUCAUGAUGAAUACCAGAUUUACUAUGUAUAUGUGAUGUGUCUGAAGUUCUUAACAAACAUGGGAGAUAUUCUGGAAAAGAAAAAAGUUUAGAGCAGCAUUUGGGUUGAUAUCAAGUGCAUAAAAUUAGAACUUUGAGUAACAUUUAGUCCAUUUAUGGUUAUUAGGUUUAAUAGCAAGAAUUCAUAUUGAUCAUUGCUAGUGGCCAACUAAACAAAAUAGCUGACAGUUUGAUAAAUAAUUUCAAUAUAAAAAUUGUUUUAAUGGCAGUGGUUCAAAGAAAAAAGCAUGGCUAAAAUGUAUACAAUGCCAUAUUUAAAAAUUUUAGACUUUAAACAUCUUAAUGAGGACAUAUAACAAAUUAAUUUUAGUAGGAAUCCGAAAUACUUUUUAAUAAGCCCUUUCAUUUUAAAAAGAGAAUUGCCAAUACAGAAAAGGAGUAUCCAAACAAUGUUUGUCUCAGCCUGAUAAUUUACUUGAUAGAAUUAUCUAUUGUAACUUCUGUUCAGAAAUACACAGCUUGUUUUUGUUUUUGUUUUUGUUUUUGUUUUGCCCAAGGAUGAGAUUCCCACAUUUUAAGAAUUGCAGUGAUAUAACAGAAUUUAAGGAUUCUGAGAAUCACAGUAAUCAUAUACAUUGGAAUAGUACUUUAUAAUUUACAAUCCCCAUUUACAUCAUUUCAUUUUAAUUCUUGUGGCAAUGUUUUAAGACAGGUAUUCUUUUUCCUACUUGGCUUUUGAGAAAAUUGACACUCAGACUUGCCCCAAUCGUGCAAUUUAAUUAAGGAAAGAUCCAGAACUCAAAUGAAGUUUUCUUUACUCCCUGGUUUGGUACUCUUUGUUAUUAUCCUUUAAAUCAAUCUAGGCUAUAAUAGCAAUAAAAAUUAGAUGAGGUGUUGAAAAUAAAAUAAAUUUCUUA